AUGUCCGGGUACACCAGGCUCCGAGGAGCUCAGCUUCCUACUUCUAGUUCCUACUCCCUUGAGAUCUUUGUUCUCCCUCCUUCCAAGAUGGCCCACUCUACCUACGGCCAUAGCCAUGAAAUCCCUGAGCGCAACAAAGUACUGUCUGUCAGGGAGAUCGAAGGAAUGAUCGCCAAUGGACAGUCAAUCAUUAUCCUCGACCAGAAAGUCCUGAAGCUCGACGCGUGGAUCGAACAUCAUCCCGGCGGCCAUAAGCCGAUCCAACAUAUGGUUGGCAAGAAUGCCACCGAUGAAGUCGCCGCAUUGCAUUCAGAAGAAACCCGUAAACAGAUGGCCAGAUACCAAAUUGGGAGAGUUGAGGGACCCUGGGAGGAUUUCACCCCCCCUAUCCAAGGAGGCGAAUUUCAAUAUUAUGCUGAAUUAGAUCGUAGGUUACAGACCAAAGUAACCGCCAGUUCGGCGUCACCAUGCACCACUGCGGAGGGGAAGGGCGAACGCCAGAUCAAUGUGUAUCCCUCGUUACAAUCAAAACAAGGAUUAAGCAACCAGGAUAAGCUCGCCUUCCUCGAUACUCUGUCAAAGGAGGAGAUAUUGCUUACCUCCAAGAAGUAUCCGGCGCUGGACAAGGAGACCCAGCAUGGAAUCACCCAAAAAUAUCACCGUCUCCAUAAGCAAAUCCAGGCUGAGGGGUUGUACAACUGCAACUAUAGCGCCUAUGCCUGGGAAUUAAUGCGUUGCACUUUACUCUUUGGCCUUAUGUUGUACUUCCUUCAUGUCAGGUGGUACUGCACCAGUGCCAUCUUGCUCGGGUGGUUCUGGUCACUACUAGUUUUCGCUGCUCAUGAUGCCGGUCAUAUGGCUAUAACACAUAACUAUACAAUGGAUAGCAUUAUUGGCAUGAUUAUCGCUGCGCCAAUUGGAGGUCUCUCUCUUGGAUGGUGGAAACGUACACAUAAUGUGCACCAUAUCGUCACCAAUGCUCCGGAACAUGACCCUGAUAACCAGCACUUGCCAUUCUUUGCCGUGAACCACCGAUUCCUUGGUAGUUUGUUUUCAACCUAUCAUGAGCGCUUCAUGCCUUAUGAUGCCAUGAGUCGAUUCUUGGUUCCCUACCAAGCCUUUCUCUACUAUCCCAUUCUGAUGUUUGGCCGUUUCAAUCUAUACGUCCAGUCCUGGAUCUUCCUCGUCCAGGGCCAAGGGCCCCGGAAGGGCGCUGCGUGGUGGCACCGGUGGUUUGAGAUCGCGGGAAUCCUGGUUUUCUGGUACUGGUUCGGGUACCUUGUCGUCUACAAAUCCAUCCCCAGGAGCUGGGACCGAUUUCUCUUUGUUAUGGUUAGCCACAUGAUUACCAUGCCACUGCAUGUGCAGUUCACCUUGUCUCACUUCGCCAUGUCCACUGCCGAUCUUGGCCCCACCGAAAGUUUUCCUCAAAAGAUGUUACGUACUACCAUGGACAUUGAUUGUCCCGAAUGGCUCGACUUCUUCCAUGGCGGCCUUCAAUUUCAAGCCAUUCACCAUUUGUUCCCGAGAAUCCCGCGCCACAAUCUACGGAAGACCCAGAGACUAGUGUUGCAGUUCUGCAAGGAGGCGGGCAUUCCUUAUGCACUGUAUGGGUUUGUAAGCGGUAAUAAGAAGGUUGUGGGAAGCUUGGCCGAGGUCAGUCGACAGGCGGCUAUCCUGGCCGAUUGCCAGCGAACUAUUGCGCAAAGGGGGGAUCUCAUGUACGGCCGCUAA